GACUGUUUGCCGAAACAGACGCCAGACGCUAACAGACGGUGCUCGCGAGCGGUUGUAACGGUAGAGCUAUAGUACAUCGUACAUCUAUUGCGCGCGUAACGGGAAAAUUGCGGAGCAGUAAAAGCGCAACAGCGCCUCCGAAAUAGCGUUGAUGAAAAGUAGUGAACACAGUGCUAAAUGAAAGAGAAUGAGACCCAGUCGACAGGACCCAAGAAGACGAUGUUGAUUGAGUGCAUUUCGCGUGACAUUCCCUGAGAGUUUUCUUUGCCAGAAGCAAAGCUCAAGCAGAGCUAUAUAAUAUAUACACUAUACAUUAUAGUGGUGUAUACAAAGCAUCCACCCGUCCCACGAUCGGUUGAGAGGCGUGGCAAAUGAACUUCAAUCCGGCCAGCGUGGUAGCCGCCGCAGCAGCAGCCGCACAUCAUCAGACCUUCCAGCACCACCAUCAUCCGCAUUUGGGCCACCACCAGGCCACCAUCGUCCACCCACAAGCGCAACACCAACAGCAGCUGAUCCCACUGCCCGUCGCCGGCGGGGCAGGAGGUCAAGCAGCGGGUGAGAUAUCACCCAAAAUCAUGGAGUGGACCAAUGACGACGCCCUGGAGCUGAUAGAGCAGUAUCGCUGCCACACGGAGCUCUGGAAUCGCGCCGAUCCCAAGUACAAGGACAAGCUGUGCCGCUUCCGAGCGUGGUCGGAGAUAGCCGAGCGCUUCGGCUGCAGCAAGGCGGAGGUGGAGCGCAAGAUGAACGUGCUGCUCACCCAGUAUCGGCGCGAGAAGCACAAGAUGUUCGUGAAGAUAUACCAGGGCAUCCAGCCCAAUCCGUCCAAGUGGUAUGCCUUCAAGCGCUUCGACUUCAUGGAGGCGGGCGGCGGCAGUCUGAGUGGGGGUGGCGGCGGUGGUGGUGGUGGUCCUGGAGGACCCGGCCUGAACGCCUCGAGCGGCAACCUGGUGCCCAAUCCCGUCUCCUCAUCCGCCGCCGCCGCCGCCCACAAUGGGCUGAACGGACUGGCGGCUGCGGCGGCGGCGGCGGCCUACGAGAGCGGCACGAUCGCAGCGGCCGGCAACGGAGGAGCACCAGCCGGCGGACCAGGGGGCGGAGGAGCGCCUGGUUCGCAGCCCGCCAUGCAGCACAGACGCAUCAAGACCAAAGAGCUGAAAUACUUCGGAGCGAUGGGCCUGAAUAUACCCAUGCUGAUAGCGAGCAGUCAGACGCUGGACAGCUGGAAUACGGCGGGUCAGUACUCGCCGCCGAUAUCGGGCUCCGGAGGCGGGGGCUCGGAGCGCGGAGGAAGUGCCGGCGGCGGCGGUGUGCCCCCCCAGCAGCUGCGAGUGCCCCUGCCCAUGAGCUACCACGGCGGCACUGGCGGCAGCAGCAGCAGUGACUUCCAGCAGAGCCCCCUGAAAACGAUGGACACCUCGGACAAUGAGGACAACAAUAACACCAAGGAGGAUGUGGCGGCGGCAGCGGCACUGGGCCAACUGGCUGCCAAGGUGGAGCUGCGAUCGCCGGCCAGCACUGGCGGAGGUGGUCCUGGUGGCGGAGGAGGUCCUGGCGGAGGCUCCAGUAGCCGGGAGGCCAACGAUCCACCCAGCGAUCCCAUUAAAUCCGACCGGACUCUAAGCGAGGCAGGCAGCAGUCCAGGCAUACCCAACACCAACAUGCACGAGGCGCACAAGAAUCACCUGCUGAACAGUCCGGCGGGCGGAGGCGGAGGAAGAGCGGUGACCCCCAGGCAGGCGCACGAGCAGAUGCACCACCACAGCCACCCGCACGCGCAGCACACGCACCACCUGCAGCAUCAGCAGCAGCAGCAACUGCAACAGCAACAGCAACAGCAACUGCAGCAGCAACAGCAGCAGCACCUGCAACAGCAGCAACUGCACCAUGGCCACGAGGAUCUGGACAUCAAGCAGGAGCUGGUGGACUACUUCCAUGGCCAGGCGGCGGCCGGGGUGGGUGGACCGGCCCCACCGCCACCGCCCGAGUCGCAUCGUUCCUAUAGCUCGGCGGGCGAGGAGAGCCGCCUGCAGUUGGUGGACAUGGCCCAGGACCUGCGGGUGGCCCAGGCCAAGGCCAAUUUCGGUGCCUUCGUGCUGCCGCCCAGAGGCAGCAGCGAUGCAGCCGGCAGCACGCCCAUCGCCAUGCCCUUGAACAUGCGAAAGCUUAGUGGUGCUGGGAGUGCGGGUCACAUGCUGAUGAACUCGCUGCUCGGCUCCAGGGAGAGCAUGUCGGAUGGCGAGGAACCGGAUCCGGACAACGACGAGGCCACCGAAUCGGCCACCAGUCCGGGGCGGCACAUCAAGAGCAGCGUCUCCGCCCAGGCGGCCGUGGCGGCCUCCGCCUUCUACGCCGAGUCCCUCAAUCGGGACGAUUGCGACUUCAUUGGCUCGAACGUGUCGCUCAAGCUGCGCACCAUGGACCGCACGCAGCGGAUCAUUGCGGAGAAGCUGAUCAGCGAGGUGCUGUACUACGGGCAGUUCAACGAGCUGGAGCGCUCGGCCAGGAUCCAGCCAAAGUGACAGUGGCGCCCCAAGAAGUGGGCGGCUGCCGUGGGGAAUGGCAGCGCAGGUGGCGGUGGCGUGGGCAGCGGUGGUGGUGGUGGUGGUCUGGGCAUUGGAGUGGGUCUGACCAGGAUACGGCUGGCCAGGAGCCUCCUGGACCCGCAGCGUGGCAAGUGAAUUCCAUCUGAAGUAUAUAGCUAGAUAGUCAGCAGAGAGAAUAAAAUAGAAACGGCAACAGAAACCAAUACAGAAGACAGUACAACUUAUUUUUAGUUUGGCCAGGAUGGGGGUCACCACUUGUACAAAGCUUGGCGGAGCAAGGGGCAGCGUUACUUAGGCGGAGAGAAAGUGGAGGGGGUGGAGAAAGGUACUUACAUAUACGAGAGGGGAGAGAAGGGGAUGUUUUUAGUAACCUAACAUUUUAGAAAUUUUAACUAUUUUAAAAAGAUUUUGUUUGAAUUUAUUUCUUUAAAAUAAAACAAAACAAACCCCAAACGCGUGCAAUGUUAAGUGUAUUGUUAUAAGAAAACGACAAAAAUCUAAAUUUACCUUAGUUAAUCAUUUUUAUUGGUGAAACCAUAAGCAUCCUGCACGUCCGCCAUCUCUCCCUGGGUGAAAACACGCAAAGCAACAUAGAACACAAACCAAAGUUACUUUCUAUUCUGUUCGAAGGGCUGCCCAAACAAUAGUUUGGCCUUUGUGUCCACAACUUCAAUAUUAAACUACAUAAAAUACAUAGAUACUAGAUAGGUUAGAGCGGGUCUGGGCACGGGGUCCUCGACACACCUGAGACGUCUAACUAGCAGAAUCUCAGUAUUACUUAUAAAAUACACUCUACAUAGACCAUAGAUGACCGCAAGCAAAGCAAAAUAGGAGGAUAGGGAUGAAAGCAUUUGCCAUAGAUCGAUUCCCUGGGGUCGAUCGUCCACUUCUGUUCCAGCCCGACCCAAAACCUCGCUGUGGAACAGACCUAACUAUAUGCGUACACUGAAAAGUAAGCAAAACUAUUGUAAAGACAAGGGAAAAGCGGCUGCUGAAAAGUCAAGCUCCCAAUUUUGGGCACCACUGAAACUCAAGUUCCCGAAAAGCUAAGCGCUCGAGAGAAGGGGUCCUGCAAGAACUAUAUGUUUUCUAUAUACCUGUACAUGGAUAACAAAAAUAUAAUAUAUCAUUGUACCUUAUUUUGAAACAGAGAUGUUUUCUUAGUCACUUAAGUCUGGUCGUCGAAGAGUCACCAAUCCAAAAGAGCCCAACAACUGAAACCAACCAACCAAGAAACAUACAAAAAAAAAAGCAACCGCAAAAAGCAAACUUUUACCUAUAAUAUACAAAAACUGUCGUCACUAGUUCGUUAAAGAAACAGCGAAAACAAAGCGCUAAAACAAAAGCAAAGGCAAAACAAUAUUGUACAUUUUCGUGUUUAUUUUUUAGGUCCUAUUGAUUUUUGCAUAAUAUCUAAGUAGUUUUUAUUUUUAUAUGCAAGGCAAAGCAGAGCAAAAAACACCGAAACAUUGAAUUAAUUUAUAUGAAUAUAUAUAUAUAUAUAUAUUUAGAUACAUAAAUGUGUACGUAAACCUAAUAAAAUAUGGGCAAUUAGUUAGUCACAUAAACGAGAGAAAGAGAUCGAGGGACGAUGAUGAUGAAAUGCAGCUCGGCUUUUGCUGCUGCGUUUUUUAGCCGUAGUUUUUACCGUAGCUUAGAAGAAAACAUAAAUCAAAACCCACACGAGUCCAAACUGAAAUGAAAAGUCAUGUGUAAAAAAUGGUAAAUUAGAUGUGAAUAAAUUAAUUGUGUGUGAAAUUAGCGAGAAUUUGUUUGGCAUCGAUGUGCGAGCGUGUUAGUUAGUGUGAGUGCGUAUGGGCAGUAAACCAGAAUUAGUUUUUCCUGAAUGUGUAAACAGCAGCUAAAAAACAUAAAUAAAUGUGUGUACCUAUUUGUCUGACAAGCAUUGUAA